CUGGAAACCAUUCCCAAUCCAUUGAUGGCAAGAACUACGGCCGGCUAAAGGGUGCCCCACGAGAGCUGCUGAAUUCAGUUAGGGGCGAGCUACAAACUCGACGAUCUGAGCCAGGAGUCGGUGGAGCAGGAGAUGAACGAGGCGUCAAUCCUGGCGUACUUGAAUGAGGCGUAUAGGUACUACGACACCCUCUUAGAGUCGAUCGAGGCGACGAUGAGGGGGGAGGCGGAGCGUGGGCGCGUGGAGGAAGGAUUGGGGAGGAAGCUGGCGAACGCGAAGGUUUUCGAGAAAUGUUGGGGCCAGAUGGGGAUGCCGGGUUCAACAACCUCGUACCUUUCCUCCUUAAGUGCCUUGCAGGCCUGAGUCCCCGAGUAAUCAAACUCGCAAGCUUGC